CAGAGUGGAGCUUUGUGUGCGGACCGGAAGUGAAGACAUGGCAUACUUCCGGUUGUGUCAGUGGGUGAAAGGUGAAGAAGACGUGUUGAGAUUCUUCAUCCACAGGGAACCGGACAGCGUGUGAUUCUCCUCCGGAACCUUCCACGAUGCUGCAGAACACAGGGAAGUUAGCCGGCUGCACGCUCUUCAUCACUGGAGCAAGUCGAGGCAUCGGUAAAGCCAUUGCGCUGAAAGCUGCCAGAGAUGGAGCCAACAUCGUUAUUGCCGCCAAGACGGCCGAGCCCCACCCCAAACUACCAGGAACCAUCUACACAGCUGCUCAGGAAGUGGAAGCAGCGGGGGGGAAAGCGUUACCCUGUGUAGUUGACAUCCGUGAUGAGAAGCAGGUGGGAGACGCUGUUCAGAAAGCUGUGGACACGUUCGGAGGUAUCGACAUCCUGGUGAACAACGCCAGCGCCAUCAAUCUGACAGGAACCCUAGAGACGCCAAUGAAGAAGGUGGAUCUGAUGCUGGGAAUCAACCUGAGAGGAACAUACCUGACGUAUGUUACUGAACACACACAUUACUGAACACAC